AUUUAGCCGGCAAUGUAUUGUUGAUAAGGACAAGAGAAAUCAAUGCAGAUACUGUCGUUUAAAGAAGUGUUUCUGUGCUGGGAUGAAGAAGGAAGCUGUGCAAAAUGAACGGGACAGGAUCAGUACAAGACGGAGCACGUCUGACGGCAGCAACAGUCCUUCUAUUAACACACUGUCCCAGGCUGAAGUGCUUUCUCGUCAGAUCCCUGUUUCGAGCCCCAGUGCUAGUGCUGAUAUCAAUGUUAAGAAAAUUGCCAGUAUUAGUGAUGUAUGUGAAUCGAUGAAGCAACAACUCUUGGUCCUUGUAGAGUGGGCAAAAUAUAUUCCAGCUUUCUGCGAAUUACGACUGGAUGAUCAGGUUGCUCUGCUGAGAGCACAUGCUGGAGAACACCUGUUGCUGGGAGCAGCAAAGCGCUCUAUGGUUUACAAGGACAUUAUUCUUUUAGGCAACAAUUUUGUCAUCCAUCGCAAUAGUUCUGAAAUUGAGAUCAGCCGAGUAGCAAACCGGAUUUUGGAUGAGAUAAUAAGACCGUUUCAAGAAAUUCAGAUUGAUGACAAUGAAUAUGCUUGCCUAAAAGCCAUCGUCUUCUUUGAUCCAGAUGCAAAAGGACUGAGCAACCCAGCAAAGAUCAGGAACAUGAGAUUUCAAGUCCAGAUCAGUUUGGAGGAUUACAUCAAUGACCGCCAGUACGACUCCAGGGGACGGUUUGGGGAGCUGCUGCUACUCCUGCCUACUCUCCAGAGCAUUACCUGGCAAAUGAUUGAGCAAAUACAGUUUGUGAAGCUGUUUGGAAUGGUUAAAGUUGACAGUUUACUUCAGGAAAUGUUACUAGGAGGCACAUCCAAUGAUGCCACAAAUCUUCAUCCAGUUCAUCCUCAUCUAGCCCAAGAUCCACUCACUGGGCAAACCCUGCUUAUAAGUUCAGUGUCUGCUCCCAUACAUAGAGAACAGAUCUCAACACCUGAAACUCCACUACCUUCCCCUCCACAAAGCUCUGGCCAGGAAUACAAGAUGCCUACAAACCAAGUUACAGUUAUUUCUCAGCAAUCUCUUCCAAAACAAAAGCCAUUGUGA